UGCAUCCACAUUAUGUAUUUGUAAUCUAACAUUUAUUAAUUAACAGGCGGGAUGCAUUUCUACAGUGUUUGCUUUUGCAUAGUCAUUAAUUUAAUUGUAUAUGGUAACGUUAGCAACCGCAAAGCGUUCCUCUUACCCCAGAAACGGCAAACAUGGUGGACAAAAAGAAAAAAAGUAAUCGAGCCAAACGGGUUUUCGUUAACAACAUUGAUACGUAUUCUUCUAAAUACAUCGCAAAGUUUCUGUCAACUUGCAUAGUUGGAAGCUCCUUGGAGGAAGCGGACACAGAUGAGGAUGGUCUCGGUGUGGAUGAGCCUAAACUGCAAGAUCCUAAACUGCAAAAUCGGACAUUCAAAAUUGUUGGGAGUGUCUCUAACAACGAGGUUGCGAAACCCAAUUUCGCAUUAGAAUGUUAUUCCUCUCAAAACCGUGAACAGCUCCUGCCACGACUAUUGGAAUGUGACGUGAUUGUUUACAAUAUCUCCGAAAAUGCCACAUCAGGGCUGGUGGAUGAGGCUAUGUGGGCCAUUUCAGCUCUUCACUCGGAGAUGGAGCGUUUUACUUCUCAGAAGAUAUUCAUCUUGAUAUCGUCAGUCAUGACCUGGGCAAUGAGCAAGCCAAUCGAUCCUAAUGACCCAGAGAUUCCCCUGACAGAGGAAGACUACAGGAGGAAAAAACCCCAUCCUAACUUCAAGGAGCACGCCAAAGCAGAGAAAACAGUGAUUAAACUGGGAAAAACUCUAAAGUCCAAGCUGUCCAGUUACGUUGUGACAGCUGGGGUUCAGUAUGGAAUGGGAGAAAACCUCCUCCACUACUUUUUCAAGGCCUCGUGGCUAGGGGAGUCUGCAAUGGUUCCCGUUUUUGGCACCGGUACUAAUGUCAUCCCUACCAUACAUGUCAGCGACCUUGCAUGUGUUAUUCAGAAUGUGAUUGACCACAAGCCAAAGACACAGUGUUUCAUUGCCGUGGAUGAUUCCAAGAAUACCUUUGAGGAUAUUGUGAAGACUAUAAGCUUCGUUCUAGGUCAAGGAAAGAUUGAGAAAGUUCCGAAGGAGCAGGCGUACCUCACCAAGGCUUUGACAGAGGUGGAAGGGGAAUACCUAAAUGUCAACUUGCGACUAGAGGCUGUCUUGCUUAAGGACAGCUUCAACAUUCGCUGGGUGUCUGAGACCGGCAUCAUUGAUAGCAUCAACUGGGUGGUGGAAGAGUAUAAACAGUUGAGACAACUACAGCCUAUCAAAAUCUGUGUCCUGGGGCCGCCAGCAGUGGGGAAGAGUACUGUGGCAGAGAAACUGUGUAAACAUUACAAACUGCACCACGUCAGGCUUAGAGAUGUCAUCGAUGAGAAAAUAUCACAGCUGGUGGAAACUGUGAAAUGGGGUCAGCAAGAGGGAUCGAGGGAGGAGUAUGUGAGGAAUGCUCAAGACCAACUAGAUUCUCUGAAUGACAGCAUGCAGCGAAAUGAAGUUAUAAUUGCAGGUCGCCUGGGUAAAGAGCUUCUUUAUCUUAUCAUGCGUGAGAAGCUAAAUUCCAAGCCGUGCAAGAACCAAGGAUUUGUCCUUGAUGGCUUCCCCAAGACCUAUGACCAGGCCAAGGAGCUAUUCUAUGAUGAAGACAUGGAACUGAAUCAUACCACGUCCAGAAUGCCAUCCUACAACAAGAAUAUCAUUCCAGAGUUCAUUUUCUUGUUAGAGGCGUCUGAUGACUUCUUGAAGGAGCGAGUUCAGAACCUACCUCCUAGUCUGGCAGAUGACAAGCGCUACUCUCAAGACAAGUACCUUAGCCGGCUAAAGAGAUAUAGAAAGGCCAACGUGGAAGAAGAAACUGUGCUACACUACUUUGAUGAGCUGGAGAUUCACCCAGACGUCAUUGAGGUGAACAGUGCUGGCGACACUGAAUACUCUGCCGUCAUGGACAGCAUCCUCAGAGUGGCGGGCCAUCCAAGGAAUUAUGGCCCCACCCCUGCAGAGAGAGAGGAGAUGAAGAAGAAGGCUGAGGAGGAGAGAUCCCGGCAGGUGGUCCUGGAGACGGCAGAGAGGAAGAGGUGGGAGGCUGAGACCACUGCCAAGAUGGCUGCUCAACUCGCCAAGAGGAGUGUUCAGUUGGGUGAGGUGGAGAGGCAGCAGCGCGUGUUGCUGGAGGCCCGUUCCAGGCCCCUGAGGAACUACCUGAUGAUGUAUGUUAUCCCCCUUCUUUCUGAGGCCAUGGGCGAGUGCUGCAAAGUCAAGCCAGACGACCCUGUUGACUUCCUGGCUGAAUAUAUUCUCCGGAACAAUUCACAUGAAUAGUGAGAAUUGAUGACUCAUUCCAAACAUCAUUGAGAUUACCUGUUAUAAAUGUUGUCUUGCAAAGUUGAGCAAGUGUAUUUUGAAUUGGGUUUUUCCCACAGCAAGAAAUAAAAUUAUGUAUUUCUCAA